UUCCCCGGGGAAGGGCCGCCUCGUUCGAACGCGGAAUAUAAAUCGUGGCCUUCCCGUUCUCCGGGGAUUUUAAGGACUCCAACUCUCCAAGGCCGCCCGUGGACUUCUAAAAGCAGAGCGGACGGCGGGGGUUGCAGUGUUCCUUUGUGCCGCUUCUGCUCCCGAUCUCUGCUGAGAUUUUGCCCUUUUAAAGUAUGGGUAAGCCAUUAAGCAGACCUGACUGUUUAAGGCAGAGCCCUGCUUGUUUGGGGAAAGGAGAGGACGAAGACGGCUACAUAGAGGACUGCUACGUUCCCCAAAGGUCUAUCUAUGACACCAUGAGAAUAAACGAGCAGAUCGAUCAGGGCUCCAAGCUGACUCAACCUUCCAAGAGCAGCCUAGAGAAAGGAGACAGUAGCACCAUUUCUAGCAACGGGACUUUAGGGGCUCCCGGUGCUCUGGAAUCAAAAGUACCAGAGAACAAAAAGUUAGAUGAAAGAGUUAUUUUUGAUGCUUUGAAACUCAGCAGCGAUGUCUCCAAGUCAGCCCCGGCACCUCCAAGGCGACGGCCCAACUUGGAGAAAAAGGAGAAUAUCAAUAGACGCUCCUGGAAAUCGUUUAUGCCACCAAAUUUCCCUGAGUUUGCUGAGAGAAUUGAAGCCUCCCUGAGCGAAGUCUCCGAAACGGCUGCUUCCGACCCCUCCUUGCAAGAGAAGCCUGGGUCUCUCACUGCGGCCGAAACCUGCAGCCCCUCAGACCCCAGGGAAUCCCUGUCGGAACCCUUGACCCUGGAGCAUGUGCCCAGGCCCUCUGGGCUGCCAGACCUUCAGGAGGCGAGACCACCAAGGGAAGCCUUGUGUGAGUUUUCUCAGGAAGAGUGCCAGGCCUUUCUGGAACCAGAAAACAUGGUGGUCGAUUUAACUGGGGGCAGGUGGAAGGGCCAUCGUCUUGUGAGUGCAACAUGGCCCAGGCUACUGAAAAACCCUCUCAAGGCCCCAGGCCUCCGGGGGAACCAGGACACCAUGGAGGCAGAUGAUUCCGAGUGUGUGAUAGAGACUGUGCCCCUGUCUCCCUGCCUGAGCGAAGAGCUCCUGGAUCCAGGGAUGGGUGUCCUCCUCAGCCCUGGUCUCCGUGAGAAGACAGAAUCUGAGUUGAGAUUUGAAGAGGAUGAGCGAUUGAUCAUGAUGGAAGCUGAGGAGUGGGAGGAAGGCUCCCUGUCAGAAAAGGGGAAGGCGACUGAGGAAACAAAGGGCUGUUUGACAGGUAUCUCUGAAGAAAGGGGACAAUUAUGCCUUCCAUUCGUGACUGUCGAGGAAGCCGUAGAGAAGGUUGCUGGAGUCCAAGGAACCUAUAACCACCCAUUGCACCAGCAAGAACCCUGGGAUGACUCAGAGCCUCAGGCUGCCAGCUCUGCUCUGGUUCCCCAGGAAACACAUCAAGACUUUAGCGCUCUUCUUGGAGAGGGUGGUGGGGUUUGCGGUGCUGAAGCUGUAACAAUCCGAGGGGAAGGGGCAGGAUUUGCCUCUGGUUUGGAACUCUGCCUCGGUCCUCCUGCCCCAGAGCAAUUUUCUGACACGGACUCUGUGCAGAUGUUCCUUGAGCUAGAAAAGCUUUGCAUGAAUGAGGAGGAGAAAGAUGGGGAAGCUCCAACUGAAUUUGAGGUUCAAAAUGUGACGUUUUCUUCAGAAGGGCUAGACCUACUGGAGAAUUUGGACUUGCCCUCGGAGGCUGGGGCAAAACCAUCCCAACACUUAACUCACCAUGAAAUCAGUGUGGCUGACUCAGCCAUGGUGUCUGAUCUAGAAGAUUUUGAUGCCACUUUUGGUUCUCAAGUAGCAAGUGCAACAGAGCCGAUACUGUCAGACUCUUUUUCUGAACAGGACACUUCCGGGGACUCAGAGAAAGGGAUGCUUCCCAAUCCUGCAGUUGCAAAAGAUAUUGAAUCGCAAUAUUGUUGCGAUCAUUCAUCUUCUGUUACUCUGGGGGAAGAGGAUAGGGCAGAAUUGCUAAUGACUGAGGAAGUGGCAAAAAGUCACAAGGCCAAAGGCCAGUUGGACUCGAUAUGGAGAGAGUCUGUGGUUCCAGUUCAUGUGCCUUGCUGCAGAGCACAAGCCCCCUGCAUUCAUGUCGCUGAGGAGGAAACGUCUCCUCUGUUCAGUGGGACAGAGAGGACAUCCCUGAGCCAGGAUGAAUUUGCUACCAUUGCUGAGGAUCUGAAUUCUCAGCAAGAAUUUGAUCUGAUUGAAGGGGUGAUGAGCCCUGAGGAACCAGAGCUGUUUGCUUCUUACGAGCUGAAUCCUUCAGAAAUGAUGGUGGACUUUUCAAAUUGGGAUGUCCCUGAACUGGGCUCUGAGGAUGACGUUGUAAAGCUAGACAAAGAGAACAUUCUGUUUGCCAUCCAUCCAGAGGAAACAGAAGGGAUGGGGGAUUUUUGGCCACAUUUACCAAGCGAUUCCGAAAUGAUACAGGGUUCCAAGGAGUCCAUAAGACGCACAGGAUCCUUAGACCACCGGAAGUCUAUCGACACUAGCAAUAGGUACCAGCUUGAGCUUUUGCCGUGGCCAGUAAGCGCUACAGAAGAGGUAGUGAGUACUACUUUUCUUCAAGAGGAAGAGCCAAAAAUAACUGAGCAGGCAACAGUUGAUCCAGUUGUGGAGAGAGACUUCAUGGAUCCUGGGAUCCUGGAAUUGCUUUUUGGGCAGAGUGGGAGUAGUGAGGUAACAGAGGAAGGGGAAAGGGAUGCCAAGUUUGUAGAUGCAUACUCCCGCCCAUCAGGUCCUGUGGAUUGCUCAUGGGAGGCCCAAGAUAGUGUUGGAGAUUUUGCAGGCAGGCUUGAAGGGGAAGCUACUUCUUUCAGUCCUUUGCCUAGGGAUGAGGAUAGCGAUGUCCUUCCAGAUACUGUAGAGGGCCUUGCCAGCACCAUCAUGGGUCUCUGCACUAUUAAUGCAACGGACUUCACAUUGUUGUCCUUGUCAGGUUCACUGAAUUCAAUCUUAGCUCUGGAUCUAUCUGUUGAAGAUGCUACAAGUUUAAUUGGUGAUGGAGAUGACUCUGAAACAGCCACGUGGGUGUGCAGCAGCCAGGAGAUGAUACCAGCAUUACAAACUGCACAAGAGAUCUCGUCUCUCCCCAUGCCGCUCUGCCCCAUUCAGUGUCCAGACAAAGAGGAGCUGCCUAUUCAGGAAGAGUGGACCAUGAUACCCAGUUCCUCAGAGGAAUCUAUGCAGGUGAUCCAAGGGAUGGAUGAGAGUAUUUUGCCAUUUAAUGUAAGUCUAGAAGAGCAUCUUUCUCAGUGGGAAAGUAGCCUUCUGAUCCUGGCAUUUGACACCUCAAGGGAUGUACCAUCCAGCCCAGCAGAGUUGCCUGCCUCUGAAGCUGAAGAGGAGACCCAUGCUAUGUCAGGCAUGGAGGCCCUGUCUUCCUUCUCCACUCCUGGAAGCACUCCUGGAAGCAGUGAACUGGUCCCAGAUAAUGAGCAAUUCCAGAAGGAGCAAGUUGACCCCCUUCAGUUAAAGCUGCAGCAGGUUAAUGGGCUUGGACAAGGGCUUGUCCAGAGUGCAGGGAAGAACUGUGAUGUCCAGGGCUUGGAGCAUGACAUGGAGGAGAUCAACACCCGAUGGAAUACCCUCAACAAAAAGGUGGCCCAGAGGGUUGCCCAACUGCAGGAAGCCCUGCUCCAUUGUGGGAAGUUCCAGGACGCCUUGGAGCCUUUGCUCAGCUGGUUGACUGACACGGAGGAGCUCAUCUCCAACCAGAAGCCGCCAUCUGCUGAAUACAAAGUGGUGAAGGCUCAAAUCCAGGAGCAGAAGUUGCUGCAACGUCUCCUGGACGAUCGGAAAGCUACUGUUGAGAUGAUCCAAGCGGAGGGUGGCAGAAUCGCCCGCUCGGCUGAACCAGCAGACAGGGAGAAAAUCGUCGGCCAGUUGAAUAGCCUGGGAAGCCACUGGGCAAGCCUUCUUAGCAAAGCUUCAGCCAGGCAAAGUCAGCUGGAGGAGAUCCUGGUUUUGGCCAGGCAGUUCCACGAGACAUCAGAGCCCACCUCUGAGUGGUUGUCGGUGACUGAAAAGAAACUGGCCAAUUCCGAGCCCAUUGGGACUCAGACGGCCAAAAUCCAGCAGCAGAUUGCACGGCACAAGGCGCUAGAGGAGGAGAUAGACAAUCAGGCCACGUCGGUGACUCAGGUGGUCAGCAUUGGCCAUUCCCUGGCCUUGCUGAGCUGCCGUGCUGAGCAGGCCUCCCUGGCCGAGAAGCUUGACCUGCUUGAGUCCCGGUACGCUGAGGUUUCUGACCGAUGUGGCCGGAAGGCUGUCCUCCUCGAACAGGCUUUGUCCAAUGCCCGGCUCUUUGGGGAGGAUGAAGUGGAGGUGCUGAACUGGUUGGCUGAGGUUGAAGACAGGCUCAGCUUGGUGUCCGUCAAGGAUUACAGACGAGAGGUCCUGCAGCAGCAACAUUCUGGCCAGCUGGCUUUGAAUGAUGAGAUUGUGAACCGCAAGAAGCACGUUGACCAGGCCAUCAAGAAUGGGCAGGCCCUCCUGAAACAAACCACAGGUGAAGAGGUGCUGCUCAUCCAAGAGAAACUGGAUGGCAUCAAGACCCGCUACUCGGAUAUCACCGCUGCCAGCUCAAAGGCUCUCCGCACACUGGAGCAGGCACGGCAGCUGGCCACCAAGUUCCAGUCAACACAUGAAGAGUUGACAGGCUGGAUGGGUCAGGUGGAAGAGGAGCUGAUGUAUGGGGGAGGACAUUCCCCCACCGGCGAACAGAUCCCUCAAUUCCAGCAGAGGCAGAAGGAACUAAAGAAGGAGGUGAUGGAACAUCAGAUUAUUCUGGACACAGUGAACGAAGUCAGCCAUGCCCUCCUUGAACUGGUCCCUUGGCGAGCCCGUGAAGGACUAGAUAAGCUGGUUUCAGACACCAACGAGCGGUAUAAAGCCACCAGUGACACCAUCAACCAGCGGGUGGCAGAGAUAGAUGCUGCCAUCCAAAGAUCUCAGCAGUACGAGCAGGCAGCCGAUGCGGAACUCGCCUGGGUUGCUGAGACCAGACGGAAGCUGUUGGCGCUUGGUCCAGUUAGGUUGGAGCAGGACCAGACCACUGCCCAGCUGCAGGUGCAGAAGGCCUUCUCUAUCGACAUUAUUCGUCACAAAGAUUCUGUGGAUGAACUGCUCAGCCAACGAACAGAGAUUUUCGGAACUUGUGGAGAGGAGCAGAAAGUCAUGCUGCAGGAGAAGACGGAAUCUCUUCUGAAGCAGUAUGAUGCAACCAGCCACCUCCACUCGGAGCGCUAUGCUCGCCUGGAACGGGCCCAGGUCCUGGUCAACCAAUUCUGGGAGACCUAUGAAGAGCUGAGUCCUUGGGUUGAGGAGACCCAAGCAUUGAUUGGGCAGCUUCCCCCUCCAGCAAUUGACCACGAGCACCUCAAGCAGCAGCAGGAAGAUAUGAGGCAACUGAGGGAAUCCAUUGCUGAACACAAGCCCCACAUUGACAAGCUGCUGAAAAUUGGCCCUCAACUGACGGAACUGAACCCCGAGGAAGGGGCCAUGGUGCAGGGGAAGUACUUUGCCGCAGAAGCCACCUACUCCCGCAUCAAGGAAGAGGUCCGCCAGCGGGCUCAGGCCCUUGACGAGGCCAUCUCCCAGUCAACACAGAUUGCAGAGUUCCAUGACAAGAUAGAGCCGAUGCUGGAGAUGCUGGAGACGCUGUCCUCCCGCCUGCGCAUGCCUCCCUUGAUCCCAGCCGAGGUGGAGAAGAUCCGUGAGUGCAUUGGUGACAAUAAAAAUGCCACACUGGAGCUGGACAAGCUGCAGCCAUCCUUCGAAGGACUGAAGCGCCGGGGAGAGGAACUGAUUGGACGAUCCCAGGGGGCAGACAGGGACCUGGCAGCCAAAAACAUCCAGGAUAAAUUAGAUCACAUGGUAUUUUUCUGGGAAGACAUCAAAGCUCGGGCUGAGGAACGCGAGAUCAAGUUCCUUGAUGUCCUGGAGCUGGCGGAAAAGUUCUGGUAUGACAUGGCUGCCCUCCUAACCACCAUCCGGGAUACCCAAGACAUUGUCCAUGAUCUGGAAAGUCCUGGGAUUGAUCCAUCCAUAAUCAAACAGCAGAUUGAAGCAGCCGAGACCAUCAAGGAAGAGACAGACGGUUUGCAUGAAGAACUGGAAUUCAUCCGAAUCCUGGGGGCCGAUCUGAUUUUCGCCUGUGGGGAGAUGGAGAAACCAGAAGUUAAGAAAAGCAUUGAUGAGCUGAACGGUGCCUGGGAACAUCUGAACAGAACCUGGAAGGAGAGGCUGGAGAAGCUGGAGGAGGCCAUGCAGAAUGCAGUGCAGUAUCAGGAUAAUCUGCAGGCUAUGUUUGACUGGCUAGAUAACACAGUGAUUAAACUGUGCAACAUGUCCCCGGUGGGCACAGAUCUCAACACUGUCAAAGAGCAACUGAAUGAGAUGAAGGAGUUCAAAACAGAAGUAUACCAGCAGCAAAUAGAGAUGGAGAAGCUGAAUCACCAGGGAGAACUUUUGCUCAAAAAAGCCACAGAUGAGACAGACCGAGACAUCAUCAGAGAGCCACUAACAGAACUGAAGCAUCUUUGGGAGAAUCUGAGUGAAAAAAUAGCUCAUCGACAGCACAAGCUGGAAGGGUCUCUCUUGGCCCUUGGCCAGUUCCAGCAUGCCCUGGCUGAGCUUAUGGCAUGGCUGACCCACACCGAAGAGCUGCUGGAUUCCCAGAGGCCCAUCAACGGGGACCCCAAAGUCAUUGAAGUGGAGUUGGCCAAGCACCAUGUACUGAAAAAUGAUGUGUUGGCCCACCAAGCCACAGUGGAGACCGUGAACAAGGCUGGCAAUGAACUCCUGGAAUCCAGUGCAACGGAUGAUGCCAGCAGUCUCCGGAACCGGCUGGAGACCAUGAACUCCUGCUGGGAGUCAGUCCUGCAGAAGACGGAAGUGCGGGAGCAGCAGCUGCAGGCAACCCUUCAGCAG